GAACCCUGUGAGGCCGAGGGAUGUGGUGGAAGUGGAACAUUGCGGUGUCCUACAUGUAUAAAACUGGGACUUCAACUUAGUAAUUUUUGUAGUCAGGGAUGUUUCGAAACAGAAAAUCACAAAUUGAAACAUGAUCUGAUGAAUAAACUCCUUUGGAUCGGUAAUCGAGUUCAUGCGAUGGAAUCAGCUAUAACUGUCCGAAGACUUUGUGAAGAUAAAUUCACCAUGUUUCCCAGAGCUCCUAACUUGUCUAAGUUCAUUGAUGCCUUUCACCGUAACGAGACAGACCUCAACAAAAAAGAGAAACUAGAAAAAAGGCGCCAGGAAGAAUAUCAUGCUGAGGUUCAAGUUUUCAGAGCUUUAGAAAAUUUGAAAGUUACACAAAGUUUGGAUUUUGUUUUACAUAACCUUAGAUAUACUCAUGGACAGUAUGGGUAUUUUGUAGACGAUCAUGACGUAAAUUGUUCGAAAAAGCCACAAGAAGAAGAAGGAGAAUGUGACUUUGUAGCGGUCGUUAACUCAUGCUUUGUUGUGUUUGAGGUUAAAAGCCCAAAUAAAGAGAGCAAAAACCGCCCAAAAAUGUUCAGAGAUCGACUUAAAGAAUCAAUCGUGCAGAGAAAGAGGACUGUAAAACUUUUACAGGGAAUGGCAAAAAGAUAUGGACUUAGCUACCCAUUCCCAGUGAUUCUGGACUUUACAAUUUUCUGUGGACUAACUAGGGAGGAGGCUGGCAGUCUGACACAAAGUGGAUCUAACCUUGCUGAAGAUUUAUCUGAAAUUGUAUUUGAGGAUGACCUCCCUAAUUUUACUGCAUGGUGGGAUGUAAAUGUCAUGGAAACAUAUAUUAACUCUUGCAGCACUCCUGGUGUAUGGUCAUUAUUGGCUAAUAAUAAAACAUUAUACCAAAAAAACAUGGAAGCAAUCGGUAAAAUGCAGAUAACUUUUCUAGGGUUGUGGAUUUCUCAUAUGCAUAAGGAAAACCCGAGUUCAUUAUAUCGUCAAGUCCCAGAAGGCAGUCUCCCACAUUGUAUUAUUGAAAUUGACAAAGUGCUUAGAUCCGAGAUAAUCACUAGAAAACCCUCCGGUCCUAUAAACAGAGAAAUAAGGGGAGCUCCACCAGUAUUCAAAAAUCAUUUGGGAAUAGAAUGCCUUACUGUAGAGCAGAUGAACAUCUUCAAGUGUGAGGAAAAACACAUUUGUAUUAACGAUCCUGCUGGGUCCGGAAAGACAGUCGUACUGCUUGGCAAAAUGUUGGAACUGGCAAAAAAAGAACAAAAGUCAGAGCGGAAAAUACUUGUGCUUGCCUUUGGUGAGUACUCUGCUGAAAGAUACAAAAAGGCAUGUGAUUCAGCAUCUAUCAAUAACCUUACAAUCCCUCUUACCACUGAAAACCUGCCUCAAACCGAUAAAGCUCCACUUCUUGAGCAACAAGACGUAUAUUUGAUGGUAAAACAGUGUAUGAUAAAGUGUGUUCAAGAUUCAUUCCAGGAAAAACCGUUGUAUAAAGUAGCCAUAAUGUACAAUUUGGCAAACUUAUUAAGCAUUGUUAAAUUAGAUAUCUUUUCCUUGAUAUUUGAUUUGUUCCCUGAUCAUCAUAUCCUGGUGGAUGACGGACAAUGUAUAUUUUCUCACAAUUGGGAAUCAGUGAGUGAGGAAGACGUUCACAGCUUUCUGGAGCAUCUUAAAAAAAUCGCUGUUGUCCAGGAAACUGAUGUUUGGCUGAGUUAUGAUCCGGUUCAAUAUUAUUACAAUAAGUUAUUCCAAUGUCUUCCAUCUCGCGUGGGUCCAAGUCCUCUAGAGAUUCUCUGGUUGUGGUUGAAGCAGUUGAACCAAGAGAAGUGAAUUAAGCAAAGGAUUGGCCACACAUUUUCAAGGAUCAAUGAUGGUGCUGAAAAGUAAUUUACGAAAUACAGAAGAACUCGCUAACAUACUCUCCUUCCUCAGAGAAAAUAUAAUGAAAGGCUUCAGCAAUGACGUAGAAGUUCCAUCACAAGAAAAAGGACAUUAUAUUCAUGGUUUCAAACCGACUAUAUAUUUUCUGAACAGUGAAACCGUUUCUGAUUUUAGUGUAUUGAACAAAUGGGAAUAUGAAAAACUAAAACUUCUUGCUCCCCAUGAUCGUAAGCUAAUUGUGGAACUAAAAAUCAUGAAAAGUACUCAUUCACUUUUAUGAGUGCUGCUCAAGAAUUUGGUAGGAAUAAUUUGGGCAGCAUUCCCUCUGCUGAAUGGCCAGCCUGUUACAGCAGUACUUGGCACAGACAGAGGAUCACUGGAGUCGUUCGUCAUAGAGUUGUACCUCCUUAUAUCCAGAGCUAGAGUUUACUGCACUGUGUUUGUGUUAGAUUGUCCAGAUUCACCUAUUCAUGAGGAGAUUUUAGAGUUGGAGAAAGAACUGGUGAAAUAUGCUCAUGUCAUACGUCUAGAUACACCAGAAGCUUCCAAGAUGUUGUUGCAUGAUCGAAUGAAGCUGACUAUGACGAGAGGCGAGCUGGAGAAAAGCCCCGAUAAUGAGGUUAGGAAGUUUGUGUCGAAUUUAUUGUGGGGAAGUUGAAUAAUAUUACAAUUACAAUUCAUCUUAGAUCAGAUUGCUGAUAUGAACUGCACUUCUAAUUCAGUGCGUCUUAUUCCGAUAGUGAUAUACACGUAGAUACACUGAUCUUUGUUUAAAAUAGUUUGAAUUGUGGAUCAGUGGACCUAACUGUUUUAAUGUGUAUUGUGCAUGUUUUGAUAUCUGAGCUCUGCCCUUUAAAUCAUUACAUAUUAAACAUUUUAAUAUGAUAUUAUUUUAAUCGUGAUAAAUUAAGUGUUAUAAAGUGUAAAAUGUAGUACAGCGUUAAGCAAAAACUCCAAUGGAUGGUUACCGUAAUGGGUGCCACAUGCCUAGCAUGAAAUAUUUACCUACUUACUUGCAUUUGUGUAAGUCUGUAGAUACAUUAGUAUCGGGCGUUGCCUGCUACAGGCUAUCCCGAAACUAGAAGUAUGAUCUAAUAAAUAAGUGUAAAAUUAUAGUUUUUAAGGUUAAAUCUUAUUACAUCUUGGUAGAUGUUAGAUAGUUUGUUCUUCGUGCAGAACUAGUUAGCUUUUUGGGAUGUUCUUUACUAUCAAAGAGUUAGCCAAAAGUGUCAUGUUAUAUUAACGUAAUGUUUACGUGCUUUGUUUUCAGUGAAUGAAUAUGAGUUAGUCUAUAUUUUCUAUAUUCGGAAUAAUUUUAAAUAAAGUUUCC